AUGGCGGCAAGAUUCGUUGUAGCUGUGGCCCUCUUCGCCGUGUGCCAUUGCAACCCCGUCAUUAUAAACGGUGUACUUUACCGUGAUGCUCGUGGGUUCUCAAUGGGUCAAGGCUACAGCAGCAACUUCGGAGGCGCCAGCCAGGCUUCGGGCUCCGCCAUCGUCAACGGCGCCGGCGCUCAGGCCUACGGCAGCGGCUCCACUGGCCCGCAGAUCUUCGCUCGCAACGAUGGAUUCGGCCAAAUCUACCCCGGCCAGGCUAUCGCUAAAGCUGAAGCCUACGAAGCGCCAGAAAUCCCCACGUAUGGAUCGGCUAAGGCUAUAGCAGAGGCCCAAAACGGUGCUUACUACCCAGUCCCAGAGCCUGCCACUGUUAUCACAUACGAGCAGAACUUCGAAGUCCCCGCUGAAGUCACUUAUGAAAUCCCAGCCCCCGUUUCUGCCCAGUCUUCUGCUGUCAUGAACGGCAAUUCUGAUUCCUCUAUCGCGUCUGCCAUCUCCAAUGGCGCUGGAUUAGCUCAAUCAUCUUCUCAGACACAGAGAGGCAUCGGCUCUUAUGGACUCACUUCUUCCAACGCUAAGACUUAUGGAGGCUACGGCGCCGCUGACUCGAACGCCAACACCGGCUACGGUUCAGCUAUCACUGCUGCCAGAAUCCAAGGUUUAGCUGGAUCUGGCUCUGCUAGCUCCAAAGCUCACUCCGGUUUGGGAUCAACUCUAUCCAAUGCCCAAGCUCAGAUGAACGGCGGAUACGGCUCAGCCUCCUCUACUGCCAACACUGGCGCUUACGAACCAACCAUCGCUGUCGCUAAGACUCAGAAGAAGGGCAUCAGCUGGCGUUUCGGAACAUACUACAACACUCCUUCCAGCCUUGCCCAUGCUCAGGCUAACAGCAACGGUUAUGGCGCCGCCAAGUCUACCGCCCAAACCUACGAGCCCGUCGUCGUGCCCCAAUCUGGAUACAGUUCCGCCAACGCUAACGCCGAUGUCAACGGUGCUGGUUCAGCUAAAUCCACCGCCAACGCUCUCGGAAACCAGGGAUCCGCUCUUUCUUCUGCCAACAUUGGAUCCGGAUUCACUGCCGCAAAGUCGGCUGCUAACUCCAACGGGGCUGCGUUCGGAGGUCUGAGGUCUGACGCCAACGCCCAGAGCUCUGGCUUUGGAAGCGCUGUCUCAUCUGCCAAGGCGCACGAGCUCUCCACCGGCUACAAGGUCGCCAACUCCGCUGCCAACGUCUCUGGCUUCGGCUCCGCUAAUGCCAAGUCUUACAGCGCUUAA